UCACAGCCACAGAUAUCAUACUCCGACUGUUUGGACCCUGUGAAGCUACAUAGAUCGGUCCGAUAUUAGCAGUUGACUAGGCCCGGUGAACCAGUUCAACCAGCUCUUUUCUUUCAUUUGGUGGAAAUCCUAUUUUAUUACACCGCAGGUUGUUAAUAUUGGUUCCGCAGAAAUUCCGCAGAUACUUACCGUUGCCAACUUCACUGAUGGGCCCUGAUGCAGACGCCACCCUGUGACUAGCAUUGGAGAGCGGGUACUGAUUCAUCUUGUCAACAGCAAUGGCUUUGUUGCAAAGCUCAACGACACUUGUCGCGGUUGUGAUACUGGCGUCCCUCUAUCUCCUACAAGUCUAUCGCCGAAAACAACGAACGACUCGGACACCCAUACGAGGACCUCAGAGCCCAGGCUGGGUGUUUGGAUUCGCCAAGAUACUGUUAAAUUCCACCGCUACAACUGAACUGUACGAACGUUGGGCUAGGGAGUAUGGUACAGUGUAUAAGGUCCCGGAUAUCUUUGGACGGUCCAGGGUUAUAUUAUGGGACCCAAAAGCAAUCUCUCAUUUCUUUGCAAGAGACACAUGGUUGUAUAACCAAACUCCGUUCAGCAAGAUCGUCAUUCAAACAACGAUCGGAAGAGGAGUAUUGUGGGCCGAUGGUGAAAGUCACAAAAGGCAGCGCAAGGCUCUCAACCCCGCCUUUACCGCAGCUGCUAUUCGCAGCUUGACAUCUGUUUUCCAAUGUGCCGCUCACAAGAUAGUGAUCGCUUGGGACGGUGAGAUAGAAUUGAAUCAAAGAACUCAUUGCGCAGUAAUUGAUGUUCAACAAUGGAUGAAUCAUAUCUCACUCGACUGUGCAGGCAUAGCCCUCCUGUCCCAUGACUUCGGCGCACUCGAUGGAAAUGACUCGGACGUCGCGCACGUCCUGAAUGCAUUUGGUUCACCCGCCAAAAUUUCCAACUUGAUCAUAUUGGCACAAAACUUUCCUUCCAUCCUGAAGCUGCCAUUGCCUCGCAUGCGGUUCACCCAAAAGCUUCGCCUGAUAGUUGGCAAAAUAUGCCAGGAGAUGCUAUCACGGACGCGCAAGGAAAAGGAUACUGGCGGUGCUGAGAAGGGGGACAAAUCGUGUCUGGGUUUACUCUUGAAAGCGGAGGAAUCUGGUGAGAGCGCGGGGCUGACUCCACAAGAAGUACUAGAUGAGGCAAGCGUUCUCCUUCUCGUCAGUUUUGAGACCACUUCAGGUAAUGUGCAUCCAUCUAGCAAGAGAAUUAUACAUUCACCAUUACUCGCGUUUGAUCAGUAAGCAUGACAGUAAGUUUCAAACUGUUCGCAAGUCCAACCAUAUUUCUUAACUCCACAGUGGGCUUUAGUAGAACUUGCGCAGAAUCCAGACAUACAAAAGAAGCUUCGCAACGAGUGCUUAGAGUUUGGGCCAACCCUCUCAUAUGACGACCUUACGAACAAACUUCCCUAUCUGGAC